CAAGUACACCCAGUCAAGCAGGCACCUCCCAGUCCACGUUCACCAACCAAGGCCAAAAUACCACACAAGGCUCAACAGAGGGAUCGUCACCACAGACAGCUUCUACUCCCACAGAGGAAACGUCAUCCACAGUCAGUCCUGGCCCUUACCAAGCAUCUAUGUCCACUACGAUGGAAGCCACCUCAACCUUGUCCACUCCGGAAUCUACAAAAGAAACGUCGAGCACAGAAACAAGUCAAACCUCGACUGUUUCCACUCAAUCGGCCUCCACGGAAUCUGCUUCCGUUGCCACUGCAUCUUUAACUUCCUCUGAGGAGCCAACGACUCAAGAAACGACAAUGACUGGGAUGUCUUCAGUAUCUACUGUUUCAACGACUGAGGAAAGCUUGACAUCGGAAAUGGUGACUGGAACAUCCUCAGCAGUGACAGAAAACACAUCUACAACAACCAGUUCUUAUACUACAGAGACAUCAAGCGAGACAUCUACGCUUUCCACUCUCUUGACAACGCCCACAGGUGCGAGCUCCACACCAUCAAGGGAAGCUACAACACCUACUCCCAAAAUGACAACCGAGGUUUACUCUGCUACAACACUGGGAGAAACUUCCACAGCAUCCGAGGGUAGCACUGAGUCAAGCCACUCGGAAACAACAUUACAUGUCACAAACACAGAAUCUACUCUUUCUCAGCAAUCAUCCACCACAGCAUCAGGCUCUGAGAGUACCAUUGAAGCCACGACCUCUCCACUUUCGGGUACACCCAGUCAAGCAGGCACCUCCCAGUCCACGUUCACCAACCAAGGCCAAAGUACCACACAAGGCUCAACAGAGGGAUCGUCACCACAGACAGCUUCUACUCCCACAGAGGAAACGUCAUCCACAGUCAGUCCUGGCCCUUACCAAGCAUCUAUGUCCACUACGAUGGAAGCCACCUCAACCUUGUCCACUCCGGAAUCUACAAAAGAAACGUCGAGCACAGAAACAAGUCAAACCUCGACUGUUUCCACUCAAUCGGCCUCCACGGAAUCUGCUUCCGUUGCCACUGCAUCUUUAACUUCCUCUGAGGAGCCAACGACUCAAGAAACGACAAUGACUGGGAUGUCUUCAGUAUCUACUGUUUCAACGACUGAGGAAAGCUUGACAUCGGAAAUGGUGACUGGAACAUCCUCAGCAGUGACAGAAAACACAUCUACAACAACCAGUUCUUAUACUACAGAGACAUCAAGCGAGACAUCUACGCUUUCCACUCUCUUGACAACGCCCACAGGUGCGAGCUCCACACCAUCAAGGGAAGCUACAACACCUACUCCCAAAAUGACAACCGAGGUUUACUCUGCUACAACACUGGGAGAAACUUCCACAGCAUCCGAGGGUAGCACUGAGUCAAGCCACUCGGAAACAACAUUACAUGUCACAAACACAGAAUCUACUCUUUCUCAGCAAUCAUCCACCACAGCAUCAGGCUCUGAGAGUACCAUUGAAGCCACGACCUCUCCACUUUCAAGUACACCCAGUCAAGCAGGCACCUCCCAGUCCACGUUCACCAACCAAGGCCAAAAUACCACACAAGGCUCAACAGAGGAUCGUCACCACAGACAGCUUCUACUCCCACAGAGGAAACGUCAUCCACAGUCAGUCCUGGCCCUUACCAAGCAUCUAUGUCCACUACGAUGGAAGCCACCUCAACCUUGUCCACCGGAAUCUACAAAAGAAACGUCGAGCACAGAAACAAGUCAAACCUCGACUGUUUCCACUCAAUCGGCCUCCACGGAAUCUGCUUCCGUUGCCACUGCAUCUUUAACUUCCUCUGAGGAGCCAACGACUCAAGAAACGACAAUGACUGGGAUGUCUUCAGUAUCUACUGUUUCAACGACUGAGGAAAGCUUGACAUCGGAAAUGGUGACUGGAACAUCCUCAGCAGUGACAGAAAACACAUCUACAACAACCAGUUCUUAUACUACAGAGACAUCAAGCGAGACAUCUACGCUUUCCACUCUCUUGACAACGCCCACAGGUGCGAGCUCCACACCAUCAAGGGAAGCUACAACACCUACUCCCACAAUGACAACCGAGGUUUACUCUGCUACAACACUGGGAGAAACUUCCACAGCAUCCGAGGGUAGCACUGAGUCAAGCCACUCGGAAACAACAUUACAUGUCACAAACACAGAAUCUACUCUUUCUCAGCAAUCAUCCACCACAGCAUCAGGCUCUGAGAGUACCACUGAAGCCACGACCUCUCCACUUUCAAGUACACCCAGUCAAGCAGGCACCUCCCAGUCCACGUUCACCAGCCAAGGCCAAAAUACCACACAAGGCUCAACAGAGGGAUCGUCACCACAGACAGCUUCUACUCCCACAGAGGAAACGUCAUCCACAGUCAGUCCUGGCCCUUACCAAGCAUCUAUGUCCACUACGAUGGAAGCCACCUCAACCUUGUCCACUCCGGAAUCUACAAAAGAAACGUCGAGCACAGAAACAAGUCAAACCUCGACUGUUUCCACUCAAUCGGCCUCCACGGAAUCUGCUUCCGUUGCCACUGCAUCUUUAACUUCCUCUGAGGAGCCAACGACUCAAGAAACGACAAUGACUGGGAUGUCUUCAGUAUCUACUGUUUCAACGACUGAGGAAAGCUUGACAUCGGAAAUGGUGACUGGAACAUCCUCAGCAGUGACAGAAAACACAUCUACAACAACCAGUUCUUAUACUACAGAGACAUCAAGCGAGACAUCUACGCUUUCCACUCUCUUGACAACGCCCACAGGUGCGAGCUCCACACCAUCAAGGGAAGCUACAACACCUACUCCCAAAAUGACAACCGAGGUUUACUCUGCUACAACACUGGGAGAAACUUCCACAGCAUCCGAGGGUAGCACUGCGUCAAGCCACUCGGAAACAACAUUACAUGUCACAAACACAGAAUCUACUCUUUCUCAGCAAUCAUCCACCACAGCAUCAGGCUCUGAGAGUACCAUUGAAGCCACGACCUCUCCACUUUCGGGUACGACCAGUCAAGCAGGCACCUCCCAGUCCACGUUCACCAACCAAGGCCAAAAUACCACACAAGGCUCAACAGAGGGAUCGUCACCACAGACAGCUUCUACUCCCACAGAGGAAACGUCAUCCACAGUCAGUCCUGGCCCUUACCAAGCAUCUAUGUCCACUACGAUGGAAGCCACCUCAACCUUGUCCACUCCGGAAUCUACAAAAGAAACGUCGAGCACAGAAACAAGUCAAACCUCGACUGUUUCCACUCAAUCGGCCUCCACGGAAUCUGCUUCCGUUGCCACUGCAUCUUUAACUUCCUCUGAGGAGCCAACGACUCAAGAAACGACAAUGACUGGGAUGUCUUCAGUAUCUACUGUUUCAACGACUGAGGAAAGCUUGACAUCGGAAAUGGUGACUGGAACAUCCUCAGCAGUGACAGAAAACACAUCUACAACAACCAGUUCUUAUACUACAGAGACAUCAAGCGAGACAUCUACGCUUUCCACUCUCUUGACAACGCCCACAGGUGCGAGCUCCACACCAUCAAGGGAAGCUACAACACCUACUCCCAAAAUGACAACCGAGGUUUACUCUGCUACAACACUGGGAGAAACUUCCACAGCAUCCGAGGGUAGCACUGAGUCAAGCCACUCGGAAACAACAUUACAUGUCACAAACACAGAAUCUACUCUUUCUCAGCAAUCAUCCACCACAGCAUCAGGCUCUGAGAGUACCACUGAAGCCACGACCUCUCCACUUUCAAGUACACCCAGUCAAGCAGGCACCUCCCAGUCCACGUUCACCAGCCAAGGCCAAAAUACCACACAAGGCUCAACAGAGGGAUCGUCACCACAGACAGCUUCUACUCCCACAGAGGAAACGUCAUCCACACUUGACAUCGGAAAUGGUGACUGGAACAUCCUCAGCAGUGACAGAAAACACAUCUACAACAACCAGUUCUUAUACUACAGAGACAUCAAGCGAGACAUCUACGCUUUCCACUCUCUUGACAACGCCCACAGGUGCGAGCUCCACACCAUCAAGGGAAGCUACAACACCUACUCCCAAAAUGACAACCGAGGUUUACUCUGCUACAACACUGGGAGAAACUUCCACAGCAUCCGAGGGUACGACCAGUCAAGCAGGCACCUCCCAGUCCACGUUCACCAACCAAGGCCAAAAUACCACACAAGGCUCAACAGAGGGAUCGUCACCACAGACAGCUUCUACUCCCACAGAGGAAACGUCAUCCACAGUCAGUCCUGGCCCUUACCAAGCAUCUAUGUCCACUACGAUGGAAGCCACCUCAACCUUGUCCCUCCGGAAUCUACAAAAGAAACGUCGAGCACAGAAACAAGUCAAACCUCGACUGUUUCCACUCAAUCGGCCUCCACGGAAUCUGCUUCCGUUGCCACUGCAUCUUUAACUUCCUCUGAGGAGCCAACGACUCAAGAAACGACAAUGACUGGGAUGUCUUCAGUAUCUACUGUUUCAACGACUGAGGAAAGCUUGACAUCGGAAAUGGUGACUGGAACAUCCUCAGCAGUGACAGAAAACACAUCUACAACAACCAGUUCUUAUACUACAGAGACAUCAAGCGAGACAUCUACGCUUUCCACUCUCUUGACAACGCCCACAGGUGCGAGCUCCACACCAUCAAGGGAAGCUACAACACCUACUCCCAAAAUGACAACCGAGGUUUACUCUGCUACAACACUGGGAGAAACUUCCACAGCAUCCGAGGGUAGCACUGAGUCAAGCCACUCGGAAACAACAUUACAUGUCACAAACACAGAAUCUACUCUUUCUCAGCAAUCAUCCACCACAGCAUCAGGCUCUGAGAGUACCACUGAAGCCACGACCUCUCCACUUUCAAGUACACCCAGUCAAGCAGGCACCUCCCAGUCCACGUUCACCAACCAAGGCCAAAAUACCACACAAGGCUCAACAGAGGGAUCGUCACCACAGACAGCUUCUACUCCCACAGAGGAAACGUCAUCCACAGUCAGUCCUGGCCCUUACCAAGCAUCUAUGUCCACUACGAUGGAAGCCACCUCAACCUUGUCCACUCCGGAAUCUACAAAAGAAACGUCGAGCACAGAAACAAGUCAAACCUCGACUGUUUCCACUCAAUCGGCCUCCACGGAAUCUGCUUCCGUUGCCACUGCAUCUUUAACUUCCUCUGAGGAGCCAACGACUCAAGAAACGACAAUGACUGGGAUGUCUUCAGUAUCUACUGUUUCAACGACUGAGGAAAGCUUGACAUCGGAAAUGGUGACUGGAACAUCCUCAGCAGUGACAGAAAACACAUCUACAACAACCAGUUCUUAUAUUACAGAAACAUCAAGCGAGACAUCUACGCUUUCCACUCUCUUGACAACGCCCACAGGUGCGAGCUCCACACCAUCAAGGGAAGCUACAACACCUACUCCCAAAAUGACAACCGAGGUUUACUCUGCUACAACACUGGGAGAAACUUCCACAGCAUCCGAGGGUAGCACUGAGUCAAGCCACUCGGAAACAACAUUACAUGUCACAAACACAGAAUCUACUCUUUCUCAGCAAUCAUCCACCACAGCAUCAGGCUCUGAGAGUACCACUGAAGCCACGACCUCUCCACUUUCAAGUACACCCAGUCAAGCAGGCACCUCCCAGUCCACGUUCACCAACCAAGCGUCAACACAGACAGCUUCUACUCCCACAGAGGAAACGUCAUCCACAGUCAGUCCUGGCCCUUACCAAGCAUCUAUGUCCACUACGAUGGAAGCCACCUCAACCUUGUCCACUCCGGAAUCUACAAAAGAAACGUCGAGCACAGAAACAAGUCAAACCUCGACUGUUUCCACUCAAUCGGCCUCCACGGAAUCUGCUUCCGUUGCCACUGCAUCUUCAACUUCCUCUGAGGAGCCAACGACUCAAGAAACGACAAUGACUGGGAUGUCUUCAGUAUCUACUGUUUCAACGACUGAGGAAAGCUUGACAUCGGAAAUGGUGACUGGAACAUCCUCAGCAGUGACAGAAAACACAUCUACAACAACCAGUUCUUAUACUACAGAGACAUCAAGCGAGACAUCUACGCUUUCCACUCUCUUGACAACGCCCACAGGUGCGAGCUCCACACCAUCAAGGGAAGCUACAACACCUACUCCCACAAUGACAACCGAGGUUUACUCUGCUACAACACUGGGAGAAACUUCCACAGCAUCCGAGGGUAGCACUGAGUCAAGCCACUCGGAAACAACAUUACAUGUCACAAACACAGAAUCUACUCUUUCUCAGCAAUCAUCCACCACAGCAUCAGGCUCUGAGAGUACCACUGAAGCCACGACCUCUCCACUUUCAAGUACACCCAGUCAAGCAGGCACCUCCCAGUCCACGUUCACCAACCAAGGCCAAAAUACCACACAAGGCUCAACAGAGGGAUCGUCACCACAGACAGCUUCUACUCCCACAGAGGAAACGUCAUCCAUAGUCAGUCCUGGCCCUUACCAAGCAUCUAUGUCCACUACGAUGGAAGCCACCUCAACCUUGUCCACUCCGGAAUCUACAAAAGAAACGUCGAGCACAGAAACAAGUCAAACCUCGACUGUUUCCACUCAAUCGGCCUCCACGGAAUCUGCUUCCGUUGCCACUGCAUCUUCAACUUCCUCUGAGGAGCCAACGACUCAAGAAACGACAAUGACUGGGAUGUCUUCAGUAUCUACUGUUUCAACGACUGAGGAAAGCUUGACAUCGGAAAUGGUGACUGGAACAUCCUCAGCAGUGACAGAAAACACAUCUACAACAACCAGUUCUUAUACUACAGAGACAUCAAGCGAGACAUCUACGCUUUCCACUCUCUUGACAACGCCCACAGGUGCGAGCUCCACACCAUCAAGGGAAGCUACAACACCUACUCCCACAAUGACAACCGAGGUUUACUCUGCUACAACACUGGGAGAAACUUCCACAGCAUCCGAGGGUAGCACUGAGUCAAGCCACUCGGAAACAACAUUACAUGUCACAAACACAGAAUCUACUCUUUCUCAGCAAUCAUCCACCACAGCAUCAGGCUCUGAGAGUACCACUGAAGCCACGACCUCUCCACUUUCAAGUACACCCAGUCAAGCAGGCACCUCCCAGUCCACGUUCACCAACCAAGGCCAAAAUACCACACAAGGCUCAACAGAGGGAUCGUCACCACAGACAGCUUCUACUCCCACAGAGGAAACGUCAUCCACAGUCAGUCCUGGCCCUUACCAAGCAUCUAUGUCCACUACGAUGGAAGCCACCUCAACCUUGUCCACUCCGGAAUCUACAAAAGAAACGUCGAGCACAGAAACAAGUCAAACCUCGACUGUUUCCACUCAAUCGGCCUCCACGGAAUCUGCUUCCGUUGCCACUGCAUCUUCAACUUCCUCUGAGGAGCCAACGACUCAAGAAACGACAAUGACUGGGAUGUCUUCAGUAUCUACUGUUUCAACGACUGAGGAAAGCUUGACAUCGGAAAUGGUGACUGGAACAUCCUCAGCAGUGACAGAAAACACAUCUACAACAACCAGUUCUUAUACUACAGAGACAUCAAGCGAGACAUCUACGCUUUCCACUCUCUUGACAACGCCCACAGGUGCGAGCUCCACACCAUCAAGGGAAGCUACAACACCUACUCCCACAAUGACAACCGAGGUUUACUCUGCUACAACACUGGGAGAAACUUCCACAGCAUCCGAGGGUAGCACUGAGUCAAGCCACUCGGAAACAACAUUACAUGUCACAAACACAGAAUCUACUCUUUCUCAGCAAUCAUCCACCACAGCAUCAGGCUCUGAGAGUACCACUGAAGCCACGACCUCUCCACUUUCAAGUACACCCAGUCAAGCAGGCACCUCCCAGUCCACGUUCACCAACCAAGGCCAAAAUACCACACAAGGCUCAACAGAGGGAUCGUCACCACAGACAGCUUCUACUCACAGAGAGGAAACGUCAUCCACAGUCAGUCCUGGCCCUUACCAAGCAUCUAUGUCCACUACGAUGGAAGCCACCUCAACCUUGUCCACUCCGGAAUCUACAAAAGAAACGUCGAGCACAGAAACAAGUCAAACCUCGACUGUUUCCACUCAAUCGGCCUCCACGGAAUCUGCUUCCGUUGCCACUGCAUCUUCAACUUCCUCUGAGGAGCCAACGACUCAAGAAACGACAAUGACUGGGAUGUCUUCAGUAUCUACUGUUUCAACGACUGAGGAAAGCUUGACAUCGGAAAUGGUGACUGGAACAUCCUCAGCAGUGACAGAAAACACAUCUACAACAACCAGUUCUUAUACUACAGAGACAUCAAGCGAGACAUCUACGCUUUCCACUCUCUUGACAACGCCCACAGGUGCGAGCUCCACACCAUCAAGGGAAGCUACAACACCUACUCCCACAAUGACAACCGAGGUUUACUCUGCUACAACACUGGGAGAAACUUCCACAGCAUCCGAGGGUAGCACUGAGUCAAGCCACUCGGAAACAACAUUACAUGUCACAAACACAGAAUCUACUCUUUCUCAGCAAUCAUCCACCACAGCAUCAGGCUCUGAGAGUACCACUGAAGCCACGACCUCUCCACUUUCAAGUACACCCAGUCAAGCAGGCACCUCCCAGUCCACGUUCACCAACCAAGGCCAAAAUACCACACAAGGCUCAACAGAGGGAUCGUCACCACAGACAGCUUCUACUCCCACAGAGGAAACGUCAUCCACAGUCAGUCCUGGCCCUUACCAAGCAUCUAUGUCCACUACGAUGGAAGCCACCUCAACCUUGUCCACUCCGGAAUCUACAAAAGAAACGUCGAGCACAGAAACAAGUCAAACCUCGACUGUUUCCACUCAAUCGGCCUCCACGGAAUCUGCUUCCGUUGCCACUGCAUCUUCAACUUCCUCUGAGGAGCCAACGACUCAAGAAACGACAAUGACUGGGAUGUCUUCAGUAUCUACUGUUUCAACGACUGAGGAAAGCUUGACAUCGGAAAUGGUGACUGGAACAUCCUCAGCAGUGACAGAAAACACAUCUACAACAACCAGUUCUUAUACUACAGAGACAUCAAGCGAGACAUCUACGCUUUCCACUCUCUUGACAACGCCCACAGGUGCGAGCUCCACACCAUCAUGA